GCGGCGGCAGUGGAGUCGCUUCGCCGAGUAUAGGACUCCGGCACUUGGCUUGGCGUUUGCCGUGUAUAGCAGCGGUGCCAGAGAGCAGCAGCGCCGCAAAAGCGGGGAGAGAAAAGCAUCGAGGGGAAUAACCCGCAACAAGUAGUCGUUUACAGUUAUAGUCAGUCCGUAUCAGGCGCUCGCUCAGCUGAGACAGCAGCACACAGACACGCGCGCGUAUCCGCGAAAAGCGUCCGCGUCUCGAGCACGCACAGCCUCUGGUGUCGCCGCGCUUGUGAUCGUCUCGACAGUACAUAUACCAUAGCUCCUCCACAGAGCGACAGAGAGAGAGAGAGAGAGAAAAAAGACUAGAGCUGUAAGCGCAACGACGUCCCAAAUUGUCAUUCGAGAUAACACGACGGAGUGGCGGAGCAUCGACGAGCGUGCGCGACAACCAAAAGAGAAACGACGACAAGUGCGCGCAACAAGUUCGAUCGCCUUCAACGAAUAGAGACGGGCAUCGAAAAUAUACAUGAAUGGUGUGACCGCGUGUGUUUGAUAAUACAUGUACGUGAAAGCGCACACUUGCGACUCUGCAUGUAUUCGCUUCUUCGGCCGUAGAUAUAGAUACAUACAUUAAAGCAAAAACGGAGCAGAGUGCGCGAUUACCGGCGACGAGCGACGAGCAGAACCAAGCGGCAGAACGAGAGAUUAGUGCUAUCGUCGAAAAACAGAAAGAGAGAGAAAAUAACGAAAAAAGAAGCAGCGAGCUCAGCAGCACCGAGGAGAUAUUGAAAUUUUGACGAACUCGAGCCACAGCGAUUUAUCUUGAGAUGACGAAAUCGAUGAUUAUCGACGACGAGACGGCACAAGUGUAUUAGGAAAAUUCAAGUGUGAAUACCUGUAUCGAUUUAUCGCGAGUUUAUUCAGUGCUAGUGAUUUCGGUGCUUCUGUGUUUUACUGGAAAAAGCAUAAAACCAAGUGCAUCGUCGCCAAGUCUCGAAGAAGAAAGAGAGAACUAGCGGAUGCUCUCCUGAGAUAAGUUCGGUAUUGGACUGCCGGCACAUCUCUCGAGGAGACAUCGGAGGAGGCCAGUGACCUCUGCCACUACACAUAUAUCCUGCGCAGCUGGACAAGCAAUAAAAGCUCGAUUGCAACGCGCGACACAGGCUUGUGAUUAGCAGCCAUAACCACCAUCACGACGAGGAAAGACAACAAAUACAAAACAAAAAUGAGGAACUUGGAAAGAGUAUCCGUGAGCGAUCAAGAUUCGAUCGAUCAAGAAAUGUACAUUGACCUGGACGACGUCUCGGUCGAUUCGCUAAGCGGCAAACGGAGUCGUACACAUCUGACAGAGGUAGGCGACGAAAGCGACAGCAGCGGCAGCGAGCGAGGCGCCAAACGAUCGAAAAGGCGCAACAGGGGCACGUCGUCGUCAACGUCAGCGAAUCGCCGGCGCAAGAGUGGCAUAUCGGCACGGGAGCGCACCUUGAGAAGGCUUGAAAGCAAUGAACGAGAGCGCAUGAGGAUGCACUCGCUCAACGAUGCUUUUGAGCAACUGCGAGAAGUCAUACCUCACGUAAAGAUGGAAAGAAAACUCAGCAAAAUCGAAACGCUCACGCUCGCCAAGAAUUACAUAAUGGCACUGACGAAUGUCAUAUGCGAGAUGCGCGGAGAGGAGCAGCCAUACACAUUCGUCGACGAGUGCGGGUCAAACAGCGGCGACAGCAGUCCUGGUCAGCUGGAGCUAAGCGGGCUCGAGCAAGCCGAGGAAGGAGAAUCAUCGCCGUCAUCGGCGCACGAGACCAACAAUAAUAGUCUCCUUCACGAGGACCUCGAGCGCAGGAUAUAAGCGCCCGGGCCGAAAGCGAGAAGAAAAGAAGCCAACCUUCGUGCACAUACACAAACACACACACUCAUACGUGCGCUCCGAAUCGAUCAUAAUAUCCCGGAUCUGAUAUUGCUAUUAUGACGCUAGACUACGCCAACAAGUGGAGAGAAGCGAGACAAGAGGCAGGAGAGAAGAGAGAAAAAAAAUUAACGUGCGCUGUGUGUUUAGGAUUGCGUUUGUGCGUGAUUAGCAGUGGGUUUUUUUUUGGAGAAUAUAUAUUGUACUUUCAACAUGUGUAGGUACUAGGAAAAAAAGGAGGAAACGCGGUUAAGGGUGAAACUGUGAUAGCGAUUCUGCGAAUGCGCUGAUUAUAGAGCAAACGAUGGAAUUACAUUAAGCGCAUAAUAUUAUAUUGUUUUCUUACUUUGCUCUCUUUUUCUGCGUGCUUUUAUUGUCAAUGACUGCGUAUUUAAUUUGUACCGUUCGAAAUCAAAUCGCGUGACCGAAUCGAAAUUUUACAUCCUUCUUUUAUGCCUGCAUUAAAUCAAGACUUGACGAAAUGCAAAAGAGCACGACAUAGUUCAUAAAAUAAGCGAUAGAAAAAAGAAGAAGAUGAAAAAUAAAUAAUGCGUCAGGCUUAACGAACAGCUGCAGCAGAUCAUCGUGUAUCUAUAUAAUAAUACGAGAAAAGUGCGCACUAUCUCAAGAGAGCCGUCCAAAUAGUGCAAUGAACAGUUAUUUAAGUGUACUACUUUGCGCGUAUACGAUUCGCUGAAAGAGCGAGGAAAAAAAACAGCGUGGAAAAUACUUAACGAGAACAACAACAACGACGUGAUGUGCGCAAAAGAUAUAUACAUAUAUACACGCUAUACAGUAUACAUAUAUAUAUUUAUAUAUUUUUUGGACUUUGUCUCGCUAACCCGCAUCAACUCAUGCGUAAAGUAGCGACAACGACAAAAAGACGCCUUUUUUUGUGAAACAGCGCUCCGUUAUACAUUUUUAAUACGAAAUUGUUAAAAAAAAUAAAAUAAAAUAAAAUCAUCACGGUUUGCGUAUGCAAGGCAACAAAUGCCGAGAAACAAUUUUCGGCAUAAGCACGCACAUCUCGAACACAUACACACACGCUCACGCGCGCGCUCACGAAAUAAUAUUUUUGCAUAUACCUGUGCAUUCCAUGAUGAUUAUAUAUACUACACAUAACAUACUACACACUGUACAUUAACAUGUUUUUAAAAGAAGAGAUAGAGGAGGAGAAGAGACUCUAUACAGCAUUCCUGAUGGCAAUGGUGAUGAUGAUGAUGAUGAUGAUGAUGAUGGCGGCGGCGGCUACAGCGGCGGUACCGAGAGGUUGUUUCGCGUUGGAACAUAUAACGGUUUUGAGAAAGCCCGAAAAACAAGCACACACCAUGCCAGCGACUCUCAUCAUUGCGUGUACUAUAGGUAUAUACAUGUAUAAAAGCGGCGUCAAUGAACUUGAUGCGAUUGCUCCGAUGGCAGAGUAUCGAUACGAUGAUUUCAAUAAACGACGAGAUGCGCGCGCGGCCACUCAAUUUUUGGCUUUAAACGGCUUUAUUGUCAAUCCGGCCUGUUCUAAUCACUAAAUUUCGAUGGAAUUUCAAACAUUAGUUUCAAAUUAAUUUUUCUCUAACAUGUACAUUAAAGGUCAGCGACCAGGCGUUAUUGAUCGACUGAAUUUUUUAAUAAGUGAUAAAUUUUAAUUUUAAUUGGCCGAGGAAGAGAAAAAUUAUUUAUG